AUGGUGCAAACCCCUCACACCAACGCUCUUGUGGUUACUUUUCAGAAUGGCGUACAUGAUGUUAAGCAAGUUCUCGUCGAUCAAGGAAGUUCAAUAGAGGUUAUGUACAAUGACCUCUUCAAGAAACUUGAUCUCCCGAUGUCGGUCCUGCAGCCGGUGGAAGUGCCCCUUAUCUGUUUCAAUAGAGCCCCCAUUAAGUCGCUCGGCCACAUCUUCCUUCCAAUCGUCGUUGGUUCAAAAAUGUUAAGCGUCAAAUUUGUCGUUGUUAACAUUUCGAGCCCAUACAAUGCCAUCCUUGGCCGAACCUGGCUCCACGGCAUGCAAGCCAUUGCCUCCACAUAUUACCAGGUCGUACGCUUCAUCGGCACCCACAGAAGGCAAAAAGACCUACGUGGCGAUCAAGUAGCAUCCAAGAAGUGCUAUGUCUCGGCCGUCCAUAAUUCAACCAAAGGAAAGCAAGUCCAAUGGGUCGAAGUCCCUGACCUGGCCGUACUUGAAGAUGUCGGCGAACUAGCCAAGGAAAAAGCAAUCGAAGACCUUGUGUCUAUGCCAAUCACCGAGGACAGAUUUUGGGUCGAUCCGAACUUUAUCAGUCAAAGCCUCAAUGUUAAUAAAGAUUCAAAGCCCAUAGUACAAAAGGCAAGGCGCUCGGCUCCCGAACACGCCGAAGUCGUCAUCGAAGAAGUCAACCGACUGUUGGAAGCCAAUGCAAUUCAGGAAGUGCAGUACCCUACAUGGUUGUCGAACACCAUCAUUGUGAAGAAGAACGACAAAUGGAGAGUUUGCAUUGACUAUACCAAUUUGAACGACGCCAGCCCAAUAGAUUGGUUUCCAUUGUCAAAAUCGACCAACUGGUAG